UGAGCCACCGACGCUGCCCUGCCUAUUAUUUCUCUUGAGGUUCUUCCCUCUUGCUCUUGUCAUACAGUUUGGAGAUGCCGUUUUCUGUAGGCAAAUGUUACAACUGAUAGUUAUGUAGGAUAUCUGCGAGAGUCAAAGUUAAAUAAUUUUUCGAACGUUGAGUGUUAUUCGACGGCUACUUUUUCAGGAAGUGGUCCAUCACGUGCAGAAAGAGAAAGGGGGUAACAGUACAUUCGCCGAUGCUCUAUCCGCAAGUGUCAUGUCGUUGUAUUGUUUCUUUUGACGGUUAAUUAUUUAUUAAUUAACUAUGAAAUGUGGGCUGGCAAUUAGGCUUAAGUCGUUCAGUGUUUUGCCUUGGGAGUGGUUGGUUUUGCGAGCAUUAUUUGGCACCCCCCCAAAAAUACAUAUUUUUCAACGACAGACAUCCACCCAUGGUCGUGGUACGCGCAGGCUACCUGACCAAUGUUUUUUGUUUUGACAAUUGUUUUUUUAAUCGGAUAUAACAAACUGCUCUGUUCUUGACAUACACCCACAUUCAUCACUGGAAACACAGAAUUGCUUUCAAAAAAUGGUUUUAGUAUAGUAAUGGUGCGAUAGUGACAAGAAACCUAUUUUGGGUUCAUUUUAUUUUCAGAAUGAGGUAUAUCAUUGAUGCCUUUCUUCACAUGAAGGAUCAACCAAACAUGAAGUGGAUAGCCUAGAAGGCUAUUCGGACAGUUUUCUAGACAAUUGUCGUGUUCGGUGUUGGCUUUUUACAAUGAAAAUGAGUAUUUGAGGAUACAAUUCUGUCUCACUGCUCUCGAACCUGGGGUUGCCUGUAGAAAAGGCGUCUAUUGCCUUGGAACACUGGCUAGGCGGUGGAGCGGCCAAUGUCGACCGUUAUCUUCGGUAGAAUAUAAUCCUGUAUAUAACUGUUACCUACAUAAAAACCAAGUAGCCUAAUAGAAAGGAUACCUCAGGGACAAUGUCUUCUCGUGCAGCACUACCUGGGAACGAGCGGAAAUCGGACCUCCAUACCUCUCUCUCGACGAGCCGCUCGGAGAAGAGCACUGGUUGGUCGAGCAGAUCACUCGGAGCACGAUGCCGGAACUCUAUCGCCUCGUGUUCGGACGAGCAGCCGCACAUCGGCAACUACCGUCUGCUCAAGACCAUCGGCAAGGGCAACUUUGCCAAGGUCAAGCUGGCCAGGCAUAUCUUGACGGGCAAAGAGGUUGCAAUAAAGAUCAUUGACAAAAAUCAGCUCAACCCGACCAGCCUACAGAAGCUCUUCAGAGAGGUACGCAUCAUGAAAGGCCUCAACCACCCAAAUAUCGUGCAGCUGUUUGAGGUGAUCGAGACGGAGAAUACACUCUAUCUGAUAAUGGAGUACGCCAGUGGGGGUGAAGUGUUUGACUACCUCGUGUCCCAUGGGAGAAUGAAAGAGAAAGAGGCGCGGGCCAAAUUCCGUCAGAUUGUGUCUGCUGUACACUACUGUCACCUGAAGAACAUUGUUCACAGGGACCUUAAAGCUGAGAACCUCUUGCUGGAUGCCGACUCCAACAUCAAAAUUGCAGACUUUGGCUUCAGUAACGAGUUCACCAUGGGCAACAAGCUGGACACGUUCUGUGGCUCCCCUCCCUAUGCCGCUCCGGAACUGUUCCAGGGGAAGAAGUAUGACGGGCCUGAGGUGGACAUCUGGAGCCUGGGGGUCAUCCUCUACACCCUGGUCAGCGGAUCACUGCCCUUCGACGGGCAGAACCUCAAGGAGCUGCGGGAGCGUGUUCUGCGGGGGAAGUACCGCGUGCCCUUCUACAUGUCCACCGACUGCGAGGGCAUCCUGCGCAGGUUCCUGGUGCUCAACCCCACCAAACGCUGCACCCUGGAGCAAAUCAUGAACGACAAGUGGAUUAACUCUGGCUACGACGGAGAAGAACUGAAGGCUCAUAUAGAGCCCCUGGAGGACCAUAAUGAUGGCAGCCGCAUCGAGGUGAUGGUGGGGAUGGGUUACACCCGUGAUGACAUCAAGGACGCUCUGACCACUCGGAAGUACAACGAGGUCACUGCCACCUACCUGUUACUGGGACGCAUGAAUGAGGUGGAGGGCAGUGAGUCUCGGUCAACCAGCAGUCUGAGCCUGGCGCGGGUACGGCCCAGCACCGUCACCAACGGCACCAGUAAACACUCCACCUCCUCCACCACCUCCGCCUCCUCCUCCCACAGCAAGACCACCCAGCGCAGCGCCUCCACCUACCACCCCCGCAGGAGGCACAGUGACUUCUGCGGUCCAGCAGCGCCCCCAUCCCACCCCAAGCGUAGCCCCAGCAGCGUGGCGGGGGCAGACAGGGAGCUGAAGGAGGAGGGGGGGCGCAUGGCAUCCCGUAAGGUCAGCAGCAGCGUGGUGGGCAGCCGUUCCAUCCAGCCCCCCUCCAGCCCCAUGGUCAGCAGCGCCAACAACCCCAACCAGUCAGAGAUUCCCGACCGCCGCAAGGAGAUUAACACCGCCCCGAACAACGUCCCAGCAAGUGCCAUGAUCCGCCGGAACACAUACGUGUGCACCACGGACCGGAACAGCACAGACAGGCCCUCCCUGCUGCAGAACGGCAAGGAGAACAGCUCCAUGUCCCACCGGCUGCCCCCGGCCUCACCCUCCACCCACAGCAUCGCUGGGGCCUCGGGGACCUCCUCCUCUUCGGGCUCCCGCCUCACCCGGGGCUCCAGCAUUCGCAGCACCUUCCACGGGGGCCAGCUGAGGGACCGGCGGCCUCCCUCCCACGCACCCCCCACCUCCCCCACUCUGUCCCACGACGCCAGCCCCCUGCCCCACGCACGUACCCGCGCCACCUCCAACCUGUUCAGCAAGCUCACCUCCAAGCUCACACGCAGGGUCACAGACGAACCUGAGAGAGUCUGCAGAUCUCCGGUCACAAGUCGCCAUCUACCUGGGCAUCAAAAAGCGGCAGAGCCCCGGACCCCCCGAUGCGGCUGGGAUGUGAGGGUGCGGAGCCCGCGGGACCCGGCGGAGGUGGUGCUGGCGUUGCGCGAGGCGGCCCAGGGCUGCGGCUGCCAGGUCCACCUGGCUGGGCCCUUCCUGCUCUCCUGCACCCACGGGGCGGCUGGCUCACGCGUGGCCUUCGAGGCUGAUGUGUGCCAGCUGCCCGCAGGCCCCGCCGAGACCAGCGGCGUGCGCUUCAAACGGCUGUGGGGGGCACCGCUCGCCUUCCGGGACAUCGCCACAAAAGUGUCUAAGGAUCUGGAGCUCUGAGGGCGACAGGGGGUGGGGCAGAGGGCUUCUACACUGGACAGACUGACUGAGGGGGCGGGAGAAGGAGACGGGCAGAACCCGCUACCUCCACUGCCAACCUCGCCUCACCCCCGCCAAAGACCCGCUUCUGGUGCCACACUGACACGCAGACACACAGGCACGGAUGGUCCGGGCCCGCCACUCACAGACCUAUGACCUACAAACCCUGCUAAGGCACCUCAAUAUUAUAUGAAUCUACGGAGUCAAGCAGUUCUUUUUUAAUUCCAUAUUUGCAGAUGAAGAUAUUUUUCGUCAAUGUCGUUAUGAUUAUAUUUGUUGUCGUUCCUUUUUAACAGCUGCUAUUUAAAAGGUUUUUUAAUUUAGUUUUUCUUGUUUUCGCUUCAAUGAGUGAUUGACGCAGACUGAAUGCAUAUUUAAGAAACAAGGGACCAGCCCUUUCCUAGACAGACCUCCAGGCUAUAGAGCAGGGGUGUCAAACUCAUUUUGCCCUGGAGGCCGCAUUCAGUCUUCAACAAGGUCCGGAGGGCUGCAUUGAAAAUGUGUUAUAUUUCUUUGCAGUCAAUUUUCCAAAAAUAGUCCUCUACCCAUAGUUUUUUUUAAAUGAUUAUGCUUUAGCUUUAGACUGUCUAGCUUUAUUUGGGAGAUUAUUAACAAGCUGGACACAGUCAAUAAACUGUAUGAAUGUAGGUCCAUUAUCUUAUCAUUUCUACACAGUUUCAAUUUGGUUGUAGUCAUUUUAAAGUAUACCAUUGUUCUGUUUUGUUUUACUCAAACCCGCGGGCCAGAUUGGACCCCCUCGCGCACCGAAUCCUGCCCGCGGGCCGUAUGUUUGACACCCCUGCUAUAUAGGGAGACAUGCAGAAAUGCAGAGACGGACAACAACAAAAAAUGAUGCUGUAAAACAAAAUGCCAGAUUCUUCUGCCCAUCCAUCGCGUCUGCUCAAUUCUGUAAGACCCCCUCUGCUACUCUUGUCAAGUUUCAUUUUGUGUUUUGUAUAUACCGGUAUGUUGGUUACCAAUGAGCAAAGCUGUCUGACUUCAAUGUCCAAAACGGAGUAGGCGAUGACUGCUCUUCUGAGCCACUAACCCUUUGAUUUUCUGCGUUUCAGCAGGUAAUGUACACAGGCAUUCUACACGUUCUUCUGGGAGCACUUUUGGUUUAGCAAUAUCACCUCUUCAAUUGUAUUUCCUCUUAAAUGGUACAGCACAUCCACCAGGCCAAGAUUCCAAACAUGAUUUGAUAUAAGCGGUGUUUAGUAUAAUGUUGGGGGACAUCAUUUGUCACAUUUCAAGGAAUCUCAAUGGAUCACUUUUGUAUAAGAUGACCCAAGAUCGCGUAAAAAAAGAGAAUUGGAUCAACUCCUAAUUUUCUGCUCAAAAAGAAAAUAGUAUCAUUGAUCACACAGACUAUAAAAACUACAGCGAUGCUUGUUGAAUUGCAUUCAGUAUUUCAAUUGGUCAGCAAAACAGGCUUCCCUUCUGGUAACCAAUCAGCCUUCUGUAUUCCUGAGUGACGUAUGAGAGUGAGGUUGGUAGUUUAGAAUGUGACCCUGGAUGACGUUGUUGAAAUCAACCCUGACACUCUUCUAUAAAUGAAGCACGCUCCCAAGCUCCUCACAAUAGAUCCAAGUCGGGUAGAGGGUCAAGGCCUGAGUGAGUGACUGUUUGUCACUGGCUUUGGUUUGCACCAAUAAACAGUAAUGGUCCUUGUCGCCUGGCAGUGGUCACAGCAGCAGACAUGCCAGAACUUCAUUCCCAGUUGGUGCAGUGAGCUGCAGUGGGCUCUUCUAAAAGCCCUCAGAACCAUGUUUCUAUUUUCUCAGCUCAGACUGUUGGUGUCGCUGAAUGUUCCUCAACUCUUGUUUGCUGAAAGUCUGUCUGGUCUUUAAAUGGCUCAAAGAUUCAUCAGCAGUGGAUGUUCUCAUUACAGAAUGUGUUUGUCACUGUUCCAGUAUGAUGACAUCUCUACAGUAUGUAACAUCCCAGUUAUAUUCCGAAACCUGUGACACCCCUGACCAUCUUCGCCAGCCUGCCCAACACAAUCUUCAGUAGUUUUCAAACUCCACCAUUUUCCACCUUAUUCCUUUUGGCAAAAUGUAUAUUGCACACGUGUAUGGCAGUAUUACAUAGUAAUCCAGGACACUAUGACUUCAGUUUGCCCGUUGCAAGGAAUCAUGGGAGUUUUUAGUUGCAACAGGUGGCCACAAAUGUCUUAAAAUGUGAAAGCUGUGAUUUAGGGCAAUUCUUUUGCAACUUUGCCCAAAAUAGGACCUCUUGCCCAACAAUUCCCUUCUGUAUUGCUAAAAGCUUAGGACCAUGCUUCAAGAGUAGGAAGUAGUUGUGCGUUUGAAGACGUCGCUGUUGUCGAUAAAACGGGGUGCAACUAUGGAAAUUUACUGACCUGCAGUCCUGCAUGUCUCCUGAGGAAAAUUGUAUGAAGCAAAAAUAAAUUUCUCCUUUCAAAUUCUGA